AUGGCAAAGAGAAAGGCAACCAACAACCGAGCAUCUACCACCGGCGAAGCCUCGUCAGAACUCCAGCCAGCAGCCGAGUCGCGGCCGCCAAGCCCACAACGAUCACAACCACCGCCGACGACACAAAUUCCGGCGAUGGUUCCUUUAGACGCACUGGCGGCGUUUCUAAGGCAACAAGACCCCAACAGAGACUGGACAACAACCCUAGCCGGAUUUAGCCUAACCGGAGGAAUGCCGGCGACAUCAAACCCUACCCCAACUGCAACCACAGAACACCCACCCACCACCACCCCAAAAACCUCAAUUCCAACGUCCGAAAAUAUUCCCUCAACAAUUGCUGCACAAUCAGAACCCUCCCACCCUUCUCCCAUACACCAACAAACAGAGCCGCUGGACGUCAGCCCUCUUUCCGCCUAUCAAGAUCCCAACUGGGGAGAAACAGAAGACAAGGAGAGUGGAGGGAGAGCAAGCGAGAGCGAGAAAGGUGAAGCAGAGGAGAUUAGGGCCACUGACGCAAAAAUCGAUGUAGCGGAGGAGGAGAUAGAUCUGAACGAGACGGCCAGGAAGCAAGGGAUAAUGACGGAUGAAGAAUUCCAAACGGUUUUGGGCAAAGGGGAUCGAAUCGUGAUAAACCCUGAAGGGGUGGCUGAGGUACUGGACCUCGCAUCCCAGGCAGUAGGGAAGGGGGAAGCAACAAAGGAAGCGGAACAGUCGGAAGGGGUAGUCCACCAAUCAGUGGAGGAGAGGACAGACAAACAACCGGAAAAGGCAGAACAACCUGAGGAGGAGGGGCAAGAGCCAGACACACAUCAAGAGGAAGCCUCAGUGGUAACUAAACCCAAGCCAGUAAAGAGGAGGCUAGUAUUGAAAAACGACCCCAAGGCAGAAAGGCAGAAACCCCAAAGAGUGUCACAGAGAUGUUUAGGAAAGUGGACGUCCAACAAGGCAGGAGCAAACACCGCAGCAGAUGCAGUGGAGGUUUCGAGUGAUGACGAGAAGACUACUCCUACAAAACCUGGGGAGGAGCCCUCGAAUGCUAGCCAGGAGGACACCCAAAUGGCAACAGGGACAGUAUCAGCAACGCCGACUGACCAGGAGGAGAAUACUGACAAGGUGGCUGAGGGUCUGGACCUCGCAUCAGAGUCAGUAGGUCGGGAGGAGGCAGCAAGAAGUGAUACUAGUGCCCGCAUGGUGGCCGAGCCUACCGCCCAGGAGGACACUUCAACACAAGCCGACGAGGAAGCAGAGGCAAUGGAUAUCGAAGAAACCAAGUACAUUCAAGAAAGGAAGAGGAAGGGGAAAGCCCCUGUCAAGAAGAAACAAGUCAUGAAGAAACAGCGCACUGCCAGAGCCGGAAGAGAAAGAGAGAUCAAGCGAUACCGACUACACUUCCAGCGAGGAUUCUGA